AUGUUUCCUCCAGCAGUAUUAGAACCUGCGUCCGGUAACAGUUCUUACGCUGAGUUUUGCGCUUUUGCCAAAUUUGUAGACAGACGUCUCUUUGAACUUGGCGCCAAAUCUAUCCACUCAUUGGGAGAAGGUGAUGAACUCGGUGGGCUGCACGAGUCUUUUGAAGCGUGGUCGAAAGAAUUACUAAAGAUAUCCUGCAAGGAAUUUGGUUUUGAAGCAGUCAAGGGACUUGACAAUGACCAGUCAUUGGCAUGGGCACCUGACAAAUUCCGAACUACAGUGGCUUUUGUUUCUGCUCACAAGGAUGUCUGUGAACAUUUGUCAAGUAUUCACAAGAAGAAAAUAUUCCAGUGUCCUAUUAUCAUAAUCUUUUUUUCUUUCUUUUCUCUUGACAUCAUUCUUUCCUACAUUUUCCACUUGCCAUCUUUUUCUUUCUUUCUUUCUAUCUUUCUUUCUUUCUUUGUCAUCUUUUUUGUUCUUUUCUCUUGUCAUCUUUCUUUUUCCAUUGUCGUAUUUUUCUUUCUUUCUUUCUUUCUUUCUUUCUUUCUUUCUUUCUACACUUGUCAUCUUUUAUAUUCUUUUCCUUUAUCAUCUUUCUUUUUUCCUUAUCGUUUUUUUCUUUCUUUCUUUCUUUCUUUCUUCGUCAUCUUUUUUGUUCUUUUCCUUUGUCAUCUUUCUUUUUCCAUUGUCGUCUUUUUCUUUCUUUUUCUUUCUUUCUUUCUUUCUUUCUACACUUGUCAUCUUUUAUAUUCUUUUCCUUUAUCAUCUUUCUUUUUUCCUUAUCGUCUUUUUCUUUCUUUCUUUCUUUCUUUCUUUCUUUCUUUCUUUCUUCGUCAUCUUUUUUGUUCUUUUCCUUUGUCAUCUUUCUUUUUCCAUUGUCGUCUUUUUUUCUUUUCUUUCUUUUUUCUUUCUUUCUUUCUUUCUUUCUACUUGUCAUCUUUUAUAUUCUUUUCCUUUAUCAUCUUUCUUUUUUCCUUAUCGUCUUUUUCUUUCUUUCUUUCUUUCUUUCUUUCUUCGUCAUCUUUUUUGUUCUUUUCCUUUGUCAUCUUUCUUUUUCCAUUGUCGUCUUUUUCUUUCUUUCUUUCUUUCUUUCUUUCUUUCUUUCUUUCUACACUUGUCAUCUUUUAUAUUCUUUUCCUUUAUCAUCUUUCUUUUUUCCUUAUCGUCUUUUUCUUUCUUUCUUUCUUUCUUUCUUUCUUCGUCAUCUUUUUUGUUCUUUUCCUUUGUCAUCUUUCUUUUUCCAUUGUCGUCUUUUUCUUUCUUUCUUUCUUUCUUUCUUUCUACACUUGUCAUCUUUUAUGUUCUUUUCCUUUGUCAUCUUCCUUUUUUCCUUAUCGUCUUUUUCUUUCUUUCUUUCUUUCUUUCUUUCUUUUUCAUCUCUUUUUGUUCUUUUCCCUUGUCAUCUUUCUUUUUCUCUUGUCGUCUUUUCCUUUCUUUCUUUUUUUCUUUCUUUCUUUCUUUGUCACUUUUCUUUCUUUCUUCCUUUCUUUCUUUGUCAUCUCUUUUUGUUCUUUUCCCAUUCGCCAAACGAUGCACGCUUCUCUUAGUCUGAAUUGUCACCCUGACCUGAAGUACCAUCCUGGGGACCACGUGGGUAUCUACCCGAUUAAUGAUUCCCACGAAGUGAAUAACAUAUUGAAUUACGUGCACAUGAUACCCGGUUUUGAUGAGGACGUCGAAAUGCAAGUCAAAGAUGGUGAUAAGUGGCAGCCGUACACAAGACUCCCCUCGUGUUCUCCUCGAAAGGCCCUGACUUACUUUCUCGAUAUCACGACGCCUCCUUCGAAGAUAUUCCUGAAAAGACUGGCAGAGUUUACAAGCGAUAAUGCGGAACGCGAUGCUUUAGUAAAAUUGGCAACGAAUACAGAUGAGUAUGAAGAAUGGAAAAGAAUUUCGCUCCCAACACUUUUGCACGUUCUGUCUCAGUUUCCAUCGGUGAGAGGCCUGCCUUCAUCUUUCCUGCUGUCUCAGUUGCCGUUACUUCAGCAAAGGUUUUAUAGCAUCAGUUCUUCUCAACAGGCUCACCCAGAUGAGAUCCAUGUCACGUACGCUGUUGUCCAAUACGUGACACCGGGUAAACCCAAAGACGUUCGCGGUGGAAUUUGUACGACUUGGCUUAGAGACUGCAAGAAAACAACUAUGAUACCUUGUUUUAUAAAAAGUGCUCCAGGUUUUCAUCUUCCUGCUGAUCCCAGUGUUCCUGUGAUUAUGGUAGCCACAGGGACUGGAAUAGCCCCUAUACGAGGAUUCUGGCAACAAAGACGUUUAGACUUGGGAAAAAUAGAUAUGACCCAAAUGAUGAAUGGCUGUAAAAAUAACAGAAAAGAAAAAUACGUUUUUGCGCUUUAUUUUGGAUGCCGGAACAAUGACGUCGACAAUAUUUACCGCGAUGAAUUAAAAGACGCGUUAAGAGAUUCAGUUUUGUCUCACUUGAAUUUCGCUUUUUCAAGGCAGCCAGGAAUGAAAAAGACAUAUGUCCAACAUUUGCUUCUCCGGGACAGUGAAUUUAUCUAUUCUGUGCUGACUGCGCAAAAAGGACACAUCUACAUUUGUGGUGACAGCAAUAUGGCUGCAGAUGUCCGUCACACUCUAGAAAAGAUCUACGCUCAAUGUAAAGAUGCAGACAAUAGAGAAAGUUCACAGUUUGUUCAGCAACUCCAGUUUUCCGGACGUCUACACGAAGACAUAUUCGGGGUCAAGAUGCUCAGCCCAUAA